CAGUCUUGAUUACCAGUAGCGCCGUCCUGUGUCCGUCUGUCUCGUCUGUCUGUCUGUCUGUCUGCCUCCGUCGUCGUCAUCGCACAAGGACAAUCUCCCACCUCCGCCCCCGGGCCUUGUCAAACUCUAUCUCGACCCUUUUUACCUCCGCACGCUGCUGCCGCUCUUCGUACAGCACUUGGCGUAAUCGCCAGUGGUUUCUUUCCCCGGCGAGAGAGCUAGCGGACCCUUUCCUCCCUUCUUUCCAUCCUCGCUCUUCUGCCUUGCUCCGUCUCUUCUUCGCAGCGCAGCCACUGCUCUCUACCAACCCUCACCCCACCUCCCCUCUUUGAUGCCAUUUGGCUUCUCCCUCGAUCCACGACAGACCAGCAGACAGGCUACUCGCAACCAACAACGCUCUUCUACUCGCCCUCGCGACGACGACGACGACGUCUUUCAAUACUACAGCGACGAAGAUCCUUCCCUCGACGACGACGACGACAGUGACGAAUACGACCAUCAAGAAUCUGCUUCCGCCCGGCUCCUCCCUACAUCUUCUUCUCACGUCCCUUCCUCUUCUACUUCUCGCAAAGGAAAGUCCAAGUCCCGCUCGCACCCUCCUCCUCACUCUCACACUUCCAUCAGACUAGAAGAAAUGUAUCAGACACCCACCCUCAAGCGCUCCUUUUCCUCGAAGCGUAUCCUCUCAAGGAGGUACAGCGAUUCAGACGAAGAGCCACGCUCCCCCGACCCAGCACAGGAUGGCUCCUCCCCCUCUGACCCUGCCGCCGGGGGUGAAGCUGGUGCCGACGGUGCUGCUGCUGGUCCCUCGACGCCUCGUCGUCCGGGCUCCAGCAGACGCUCCCGCUCUCAGAGGAGAAGCUUCCAUCGCCCCUCGGAAUUGGCAGCGGCAGAGGCUGGAGAGGCAGAGGAACCUGCAUGGGUGCAGGGAUUUGAACUGGAUAGGAGCGCAAAGGAGAACAAAUCCCUGGCUGUAAGCGCCGAACUGGAUGAGAUGGGCAUGGGAAGAUAUCAGUGGUACAUCUUCUUCCUCUGUGGUCUUGGCUUCUUCAUUGACCUACUCUGGGCGCAAAUGUUCGGUCUGAUCACCGUGCCCCUGCGUAGCGAGACUGGUUUCGGAGCCAGUAGUGAGAACAUCGGUACCCUGUCAACGGCCUUCAACGUGGGCCUCACCGUCGGUGCCUUUUGCUGGGGCAUCGGGGUGGACAUUGUAGGGCGAAAGUGGUCCUUUUACCUCACUUGCCUCAUCGCGGGCAUCUUUGGAAUCUCUUCGGGAGCUCCUGAUACCUUUACUGGACUGCGAGUGCUUGUUGCCUUUACUGGCUUCGGUGUGGGGGGUAACAUCCCCAUUGAUUGCACGAUUACGCUGGAGUUCUUGCCCACACAGAGGCACUAUCUGCUUGCUUUGCUUAGUGUCUUCCAGCCCAUUGGCACCCUGGCCGCCUCUGGAAUUGCAUACGGCUUCAUCCCCAAGUACUCUUGCGGCGGCGGCGAGGCUCAGGUCAAUGGCCUCUGCACACGUGAUGAGAAUUCGGGCUGGCGCUACGCCAUCUACACCAUUGGCGGCAUCACACUAGGCGUCUUCUUCAUCCGCUUCCUCGUCUUCAAAUUCCGAGAGUCGCCUUCUUACCUCAUCAAUCGAGGGCACGAUGAGCAGGCCCUCAGUGUCCUGUAUGAGAUUGCGCGAGUCAACAAGGCCAAGAAGCCUCGAUUGACCAUGGGAGACUUUAAGCUCAUCGAGGAGAGGUGCAAGCGCCAUCAGCUCGGCCUGGACGAAGAGGGCGAGGAAGGAUCGACCGCAAAUCGCUCCGCCGAAUCAAGCGAUCCAUUUGCCGCUCCUGCCAGCUCCUCCACUCGACCUGUCAGUACGAUCAUCCACGGCGAAGGCGAAGAAAAGGCCGAGGAUGAUUAUGCCAACGAGACGACUGCACAGACGUUCAAGAGGACGAUGCGUGAAGCUCGGGCCCAAUUCAGCAUGGCGGGUCUCCUGUUCAAGGACAGGAAAAUGGCACGCAUCACCAUCCUCCUCUGGCUCACCUACAUGGCCGAUUUCUUUGGCUUCAACAUCGCCGGCGUCUUUCUACCCCUCAUCCUCUCUGAUCGGGGAGUUGUAGCAGGACAAACCCUCUCGGAGACGUACAGAGACUACGUAGCCAUUUAUGCUCCUGGUAUUGCGGCCUGUCUACUAGCAUGCGCACUCAUCGAGGUUCCUCGUGUGGGGAGACAGUACGUAAUGGUCAUCUCCUCUGCACUCAUGGGAAUCUCCCUCUUCCUCUACACCAAAGUCACAUCCCAAGCCGGAUCCGUAGGUCUAAAUGCAAUGGAGUACUUUUUCCAAAGUCUAUUCAAUGCAGUACUCUAUGCCGUCGUACCCGAAUUCUAUCCUUCGGCGGUAAGAGGGACAGCUGCGGGACUUACAUCUACUCUGGGAAGGAUUAGUGGGAUCAUUGCACCUCUUGCCGGUCAGAGCCUGUAUGGUGCCAAUGGAGGAACGGCAGAGGGCGCGACUAGGACACUCUACAUGGGUGGUGGUGUCAUACUCAUCUGCCCAUUGGCGCUAAUCUUGCUGCCUUACGACACGAGGGGAAAGAGGAGCUACUAAAGGUACUGCCGGUGGCAGUGGCAGUGGCAGUGGUCAGUCCCCUGCGCGCCUACGCCCCUUGUUGCUUCGUUUGUCCCGCAUGCUCGAUGUCUCAACUCAUGCUCCCUCUUGGAUCUAUGUACAAGUCUAUCCCUUUUGUAUCUCUUUCUGCUCUCUCUCGCAGUACUCAUGCAACGCAGCGCAACGCAGCGCAAUUGGAAACCAAUCUCGCAUCUCAACAAGUGAAGGCCGAGCAGUCAUGAAGCGAAGUAGUAGCUACUCUGAUUGAAGGCUAGUGACAUGUAAGGUAUCGGGGGCUGAC